GUUCGGAGCCGACCAGUGCGGCGGCCGCGCGUGACUCUGGCUCGCUUGCUGAUGCGGCUAAUGCUUCUUGCCUCGGCGACGUGGCGGCCUUCCUUCGCGAGAACGACGCGUCGCUGCCCGCCCAGGCGCAGAGCGCAUUCACUACGCUACUCAAGGCGGCGCUGAAUGAUUCCAAGACGUGGGGGGAUCUCUGCAAGAAACCACAUGGCGAGCACGCGGGCGCGGUAUCCGGCUGCAUCUCGAAACGCAUCGGCCUGGUCUUCAAGUUUUCAUGGCGCGUUACCUCGCUGCAGGCGUCGAAGGCCGCGGCCGAGAAGGGGGCGAUUCCAGAGACGGCCUCGCCAUCAUUCAGGGGCCCUGCCCACCUCCAAGAGUUCAUGUGCAUCCGAACUAAGUGCACCCGCGAGCUGUUGAAACUCGCGUCGUCGCCCCGUCUUUGUGGCCGUCUUGUUGGGUCAGCGGCGGUGGAUGUCAUUGCCCCCGUGGGUGCGCGUGCCUCGUCGCCAGAGAGCUGGAAGUCCCUGCGGGCGCAGAUCGCCUUGGCACCGGCGGCGUCGUCCGAGGCCCCGGCGCAGCAGAUCGGCGACUUGCUGUUGGGGCAGGCGAAGCAACCAGAGCACUUGCCAGUCCAGACCCCGACUCCCGUCGCCGUCAAGAGUGAGCUUCCAGUCGGGCCUCCACCUGUGCAAGCGGGCGCUGGCGGGGCUCGCCCAGUCCGCGCCGAG